GACGUAAAUUUGACAGUUUGACGCACGUGCAUUUCGGCAUGGUGUUUAUGUACCAAAUAUCUUGGUUUUUAAAUGGAAUAACGCAAUAAAAAUUCUUAAAAUGCCAGCCACAGUACAAAACGACACUCUUGUAUACAAAGGAAGUAAUUUCUUCCGGCAGCGGUUGCUGUUAUCCACUCUAAGUGGUCGUUCCGUGAGGAUAGAAGACAUCCGGAGUUCACACGACGAUCCUGGGUUGCGGGAGUACGAAGUGAGCUUGAUACGGCUGCUGGACAAAGUGACGAACGGCACCAGGGUGGAGUUGAGUGAAACGGGCACGUCCGUGUUUUACCAGCCGGGAAUUCUGAUCGGAGGACAGGUCACACAUAAUUGUAGCACACAAAGAGGCAUAGGUUACUAUUUAGAAAUCCUGCUAGCACUGGGCCCAUUCUGCAAGGAGCCACUGAAUGCUGUGCUGCAAGGAGUGACCCACCACAACCUGGAUGUAUCGGUAGACAAGGUGAAGGCAGCAGCGCUGCCUAUAUUGCUGAAGUUUAUAUUGGUGGAUGAUGGACUGGAACUGAAGGUGGUUCGGAGAGGAGCGCCACCUCUCGGCGGCGGCGAGGUGGUAUUCCGCUGUCCCGUGCGGCGCGGCGUGCGCCCACUACAGUGGACCAGUUGGGGUCUUGUCAAGCGGAUCCGCGGUGUCGUAUACGCGCUGCGCGUUUCACCUACCAUGGCCAACCGAGUGGUUGAGGCAGCUAAAGGGGUCAUGCUCAAAUUCCUGCCCGAUGUGUACAUCAACACAGACCAGUGCCGCGGCCCCAACGCGGGCAAGAGCCCCGGCUUCGGCGUCAGCUUGGUGGCCGAGACUAAUGAAAAAACUUUCUACUGUACUGAAGCAAAAUCGUUAGAAGCUGGCAGCGGCGAGACAACGCUACCCGAGGACUUAGGCCGCGAGUGCGCCCAGACACUGUUGGACGAGGUCUACCGCGGCGGCUGUGUGGACUCGGCCUUACAGUGGCUCGUGGCGCUGUGGAUGGCGCUCGGACAGAAGGACGUCAGUGUGUGUGUGGUGGGCCCCCUCUCCGAGUACACCAUCACCUUCCUCCAACACCUGAAAGAGUUCUUCGGCGUCAUGUUCAAACUAGAAGUGUUACGAGCCGAUGAUGAUGAUGACAGCGAUGACGACACGUCGACGGCGCAGCGCGUUAAGAUGACGUGUGUCGGCAUCGGUUAUGUUAAUAUUAGUAAGAGGACGUUGUAGUGUUAA